AUGACUCCUAAGAAGAGGGGUAAAGUCGGUGAUAAGUGCUGUCUGUUUAAUGAAGACUGGAGGACCAAAUAUUUCUUUAUUGGUGCAGGAAAUAAAGCCACAUGCUUACUAUGCCAUGAUACAGUUGCCAUAUUCAAGGAGUACAAUUUGAAACGACAUCACGAAACAAAACACAGUGACUUUGGCUGCAAACUUUCAGAUGAAGAACGAAAAAUAAAAGCAGCGGAGUUCUCCAUGGUAGAGUGUGCAAGUGUAUUGUGUCCUGAGGUUAAAACCAAAUUUGAGAGCAUUUCGUUGUCGAGGAGGACUAUAGCGCUGCGCAUUGAUUUAAUUAAUGCUGAACUUGCAGACCAGCUAAAGACUGAGAGCAAAGAUUUUGAAUUACUUGGCAUAGUAUCCAUGAAAGAUAGAACCACUGGUCAGGACUUGGUAGAAUGUGUUGUUAAUUGUGUGGAAACAAGUGGCUUACCCUGUAACAAAAUGGUAAGCAUUACAACAGACAGGGCAAGAGCUUUCUGUGGGAAAAAUAUAGAUUUAAAGCAUGUGGUAGAUCCUGUUGUUGGUGUUGUGAACACAAUCAGAGCAAGGGCACUCCAUCACAGACAGUUCAAAUCUCUUCUUGAGGACGUUGGGGCAGAACAUGAAGAUGUAAUUUACCAUAACAGUGUGAGUUGGUUGAGCUUGGGCAAAGUAUUAAAAAGAGUCUGGGCAUUACAAGAUCUGAUAUUUUUUGCGAAACUGUAUGAGCUGAUUGUGACUUUGCAGGGAAAGGGAUUGUUUGCUCAUGAAAUGUGGACACGUGUCAAAGCAUUUAAAACAAAACUAGGUCUGUAUGCAAGGCAAGCAAAUGAAGGAAAAUUUUGUCAUUUCCCUUUACUAGUGAAACAGAAAGUACCUGGAAGUGUUUCAGCUAAGAUUAGGGAUUAUCUGCAGAGUUUAGAGGCUGAAUUUACUACAAGAUUUCGGGAUUUUAAAAAAAUUGAGCCUCAAUUUAAUGUUUUAUCGUAUCCUAUCACUGCUGAUAUUGACACUGCACAACAGGAGCUGCAACUUGUGCUGAUUGACAUGCAUGCAGAUCACACAGUGAAAGAAAUGUUUAGUGCUGUAACUUUAGUUGACUUUUAUGAAUUUUUGUCUGCUGAAAAAAUUGCAUGUAUCAAGAAAUUUGCAGGCAAAAUGUUCUCCAUAUUUGGAUCGACGUAUAUUUGUGAACAAAGUUUUUCUUGCUUGAAAAUCAACAACAGCAAAUACCGAAGCCGUUUAACAGACAGUAAUUUGCAGGCUGUGAUGAAAAUAUCACCUAGCAGUCCAACUCCUCAUUUCAAAAAAAUUGUGCAAAAUUGUGAUAGGAUGCAUUUGUCCUAUUAA